UUUUUUUGUUGUAAAUUUUUGGUAAAUUUCCUCUUAUGUAGUGUAAUUUUAAUUUUAUUUGUAUUUAUUAUAAUUAUCUAUUAUCGUUGUAUUAAGUUCUUGUUAAAUUGUUUCUUACAACAAAUUUUGCAGGAUGAAUGAAGAAAUAACACCUAUCAAGAAAAUAACUAGCACAACUAAACAAUGGACAGCAAAGAUUCGUGUUUUGGAAAAGUGGAAUCCACGAAUCCCAAAAACAGGCUCAACAAGAUAUCAAAGGCUCAUUUUGGCUGAUGCAGAGGGUACACAAGUUCAAGCUAUACUUUAUCAAGAUCAAAUAGAACAAUUCCAAGAUACCUUCAAAGUUUUUAACUCAUACUAUGUCUCAAAUGCUGUUGUCAAGUUGCUACAAGAAAAAUACCGUAUCACACCACAAUCAUGGCAAUGGCAAUGGACAAUCACUGCUAGCACACUUAUUCGAGAUGUUGAAAACAGUAAUGAAGAUAACAAUGCCCCAACAUAUCACUUUGUACCAUUCAAUGAAUUCUCUGACCAUCUUGGCAAUGAAACAUCAUCCAUAGAUAUUCUUGCAGCAGUUAUUCAAAUUAAGCCACCAAAAACAAUCACAACAGAAAAUGGAACCACAACUGCACAAGAAAUUGUACUCAUUAAUGAAGACAGGUUAAUGCCAAUAGUUUUAACUUUGUGGGGUCAAUUUGUCACUAAUGAAGGAGAGAGAUUGCAAGCCAUUGCUCAAUCAUUUCCAACUCUAAUUGCAAUCAGGCUUAAAGUCUCAUCGUUUCGCGGACAAUCAUUAUCAACAAAACCAACAUCAGCUUUUGUGCUCAACCCCAACUUCAAAGCUGCACACCAACUUCACAAUUGGUGCAUCCAAAAUGAAGAAGUUAUUAGAACUUUACCUUCUCCACUUGAAACUCAUGUUCGAAACAUCACAACUCCAAGUCCUAAAGUAGAUAAAAUCAUUUCCAUCAGCAGCAUUCCAUCUUCUCCAGAUGCGGAUGGAAAAGUUUCAAAUGAGGCCCUUCCAAAAUUAAAUGUGCCAGAAUAUCACAUUAUUCAACUAAAGCCUCGCCAAUAUCAGUUCCGUGGACAAGUAAUGCUUCAACAUGUCAUCACAUCAGUGAACAAUGAUGAUGCAGAACCCUCCAUCAUAACUCUUUCUUCAAAACCACAUCGACAAUCUAUCCAAAUAGAACCCAAGGCAAAGAAAGAACUAUUUCCAUUAACUGUUGGUACAAAUGUUGCUUCUGAUAUUUCAACUGCUGCUAUUGGUACAAAUUCUGCUUCUCAUAUAUCUGCCGCAACAAGUGUACCCUCUAUAAAAUCUCUCUAGAAAAACACUCUACACUAUAAUAUUUUUGUAAUAGGUUACUACAAUGUGACAUAUUUUUGGUUUGAUUUGCUAUGGCUCAAGUGGUUUGGUUUGUAACAUAUUUUUGUUGUUGCCUGUUUGCAACUACAAUGUGCUAGACACAACUCAAUAUUACUUUUGGUUUGGUUUGGUUCUUACUGCUCAUGAAAGUAAAUUAUCCAAUAUUACUUAUAAUGGGUACUAACCCACUUACUACUACAACUCUUAUUCUCUUCCGGCAUGAAUAGUUUGAACUUAAUUUUUAUAGUACUAUUUUGAAAAUCAAAAAAAUAUGGUGUGUUGAUUCUUAUGAUGUGUGGAGAUAAUAAUAUGAUGUGUGUGAUGUAGACCUCAAUGCAUGCUAAGUCCUUGUCUUCCUCCCAUAUCUACAGAUUUAUACAAAUAAGUAACAUGAAUGCAAGAUUCCCCUCAUUUGUUGUCACAUUUAAUAGUCUAUAAUGUUUUUUAUUUAAUUCCAUUUCAUUUUUUCCAUCUGUGGUUCAUCCAUUCAUCCAAAAUACCAAAUUUAUUAACAAAAUUAUAUUAUUAUCUCCUUUUAUUAAUGGGCAUUUUAAUGGGCAUCAGUUAGCGUGCUUUGCACGCAACCCCCUCACUAGUAAAUAUAAAAGAGAUAAUAAUAUCAUUUCUUUAUCUAUAUGACUAGAGAUGGCAACGAGACAGGUAGGAAUGACAAUGGGCCGGGGUGGGGCCAGGGACCACACUCCCCGUCCCCAAUCCCCGAUUGUGAAAAUCUCCCAAUCCCCGGCCUCGAUCCCCGACAGGGGACCUAUCACCCAUCCCCGACCCCUAACGGGGAUCGUGUUUCCCCGACCCCGAAAAUUUCCCAGACCAAAUCUGUUUCGACAACACCAUGAACAACAACAUCACCAUCAUCAUCAUCAUCAUCAUCAUCAUCAUCAUCCCCAAUUGUUUCAUUUUCAGCAUUAACAUCAACAAAAUCAUCAACCAAUCCACUACCCAAAAAAAGAAAAAAAAAAUGGACAGAACACACACAUACACGUGUAUACAUACACAAACAGUACAGAUCUGAGGACGGAAAAAAUGGACAAAACACACAUAUACAUGUAUAAAUACAUACACAAACAGUACAGAUCUGAGGAGGACGGAAAAAAUGGACAGAACACACACAUACAUGUAUAAAUACAUACACAAAUAGUACAGAUCUGAGGACGGAGGCGACAGAGGCGAUGGACGACGACGGAGGCAUGGACGACUGCGACGAUUACGGAGAAGGACGACGGAGGCGCUGAGGCGAUGGACGAAGGCGCUGAGGCAAUGGACGGAGGCUAUGACUGCGACGACGGAGACGAUGGACGACGAUCAGCGUCGCGGACAGUGGCGGCGGUAGGCUGAGGAGGAGGAGAAGAGCAGCUUGCGAGAGUGAGAGAGUAGAGG